UGUCCUGGUAUGAUCUUUCUGGAAGAGGCCACUGUGCUCACUCCCCAUUCCCUCCCCCACAGGAUUCUCAGUCCUUCAAGUCACAGCCACGGACGAAGACAGUGGCCUCAAUGGGGAGCUGGUCUAUCGGAUAGAAGCCGGGGCUCAGGACCGCUUUCUCAUCCACCCUGUCACCGGGGUCAUCCGAGUCGGAAAUGCCACCAUCGACAGGGAGGAGCAGGACUCCUACAGGCUGACAGUGGUGGCCGCUGACCGGGGCACCGUCCCUCUCUCUGGCACGGCCAUCAUCACAGUCCUGAUUGAUGAUGUCAAUGACUCCCGCCCUGAGUUCCUCAACCCCAUCCAGACAGUGAGCGUGCUGGAGUCGGCCAAGCCAGGCACUGUCAUUGCCAAUGUCACCGCCAUUGACCGAGACCUCAACCCAAAGCUGGAGUACCACAUCAUCGGCAUCGUGGCCAAGGAUGACACUGACCGCCUGGUACCCGACCAGGAGGACGCCUUUGCUGUGAACAUCAACACAGGGUCUGUAAUGGUGAAGUCCCCCCUGAACCGGGAGCUUGUUGCCACCUAUGAGGUCACUCUCUCGGUGAUUGACAACGCCAGCGACCUACCGGAGCGCUCUGUCAGCGUGCCAAACGCCAAGCUGACAGUCAACAUCCUGGACGUCAACGACAACACGCCCCAGUUCAAGCCCUUUGGGAUCACCUACUACACGGAGCGGAUCCUGGAGGGGGCCAACCCGGGGACCACGCUCAUUGCUGUGGCAGCCGUGGACCCCGACAAGGGCCUCAACGGGCUGAUCACCUACACCUUGCUCGACCUCGAGCCCCCGGGCUACGUCCAGCUGGAAGACUCCUCAGCGGGGAAGGUCAUUGCCAACCGGACCGUGGACUAUGAGGAGGUGCACUGGCUCAACUUCACCGUGAGGGCCUCGGACAAUGGGUCCCCGCCCCGCGCUGCUGAGAUCCCUGUCUACCUGGAGGUCGUGGACAUCAAUGACAACAACCCCAUCUUCGACCAGCCUUCCUACCAGGAGGCCGUCUUCGAGGACGUGCCUGUGGGCACAGUCAUCCUGACAGUCACUGCUACAGACGCCGACUCUGGCAACUACGCCCUCAUUGAGUACAGCCUUGGGGACGGAGAGGGCAAGUUUGCCAUCAACCCCGACACGGGUGACAUCUAUGUGCUAUCCUCUCUGGACCGGGAGAAGAAGGACCUCUAUAUCCUGACUGCUUUGGCCAAAGACAAUCCUGGGGAUGUAGCCAGCAACCGUCGAGAAAAUUCGGUGCAGGUGGUGAUCCAAGUGCUGGAUGUCAACGACUGCCGGCCGCAGUUCUCCAAGCCCCAGUUCAGCACGAGCGUGUACGAGAACGAACCGGCAGGCACCUCUGUCAUCACCAUGAUGGCCACUGACCAGGACGAAGGCCCCAACGGGGAGCUGACCUACUCGCUGGAGGGCCCUGGCGUGGACGCCUUCCACGUGGACAUGGACUCAGGCCUGGUGACCACACAGCGGCCACUGCAGUCCUACGAGAGGUUCAACCUGACCGUGGUGGCCACGGAUGGCGGGCAGCCCCCACUCUGGGGCACCACCAUGCUCCUGGUGGAGGUCAUCGACGUCAAUGACAACCGCCCUGUCUUCGUGCGCCCGCCCAACGGCACCAUCCUCCACAUCAGAGAGGAGAUCCCACUGGGCUCCAACGUGUACGAGGUCUACGCCACGGACAAGGACGAGGGCCUCAACGGGGCGGUGCGCUACAGCUUCCUGAAGACGGCGGGCAACCGGGACUGGGAGUACUUCACCAUCGACCCGGUCAGCGGCCUCAUCCAGACGGCGCAGCGCCUGGACCGGGAGAAGCAGGCGCUGUACAGCAUCAUCUUGGUGGCCAGCGACCUGGGCCAGCCGGUGCCAUAUGAGACCAUGCAGCCGCUGCAGGUGGCCCUGGAGGACAUUGACGACAACGAGCCACUCUUCGUGAGGCCUCCAAAAGGCAGCCCCCAGUACCAGCUGCUGACGGUGCCUGAGCACUCACCACGCGGCACCCUCGUGGGCAACGUGACGGGUGCCGUGGACGCAGAUGAGGGCCCCAACGCCAUCGUGUACUACUUCAUCGCAGCCGGCAACGAAGAGAAGAACUUCCAUCUGCAGCCCGACGGGCGCCUGCUGGUGCUGCGGGACCUGGACCGGGAGCGGGAGGCCGUCUUCUCCUUCAUCGUCAAGGCCUCCAGCAACCGCAGCUGGACGCCUCCCCGUGGACCCUCCCCAGCCCUCGACCUGCUGGCUGACCUCACCCUGCAGGAGGUGCGCGUCGUGCUGGAGGACAUCAACGACCAGCCGCCCCGCUUCACCAAGGCUGAGUACACUGCAGGGGUGGCCACUGAUGCCAAAGUGGGCUCGGAGUUGAUCCAGGUGCUGGCCCUGGACGCAGACAUCGGCAACAACAGCCUCGUCUUCUACAGCAUUCUGGCCAUCCACUACUUCCGGGCCCUUGCCAACGACUCUGAAGAUGUGGGCCAGGUCUUCACCAUGGGGAGCGUGGACGGCAUCCUGCGCACCUUCGACCUCUUUAUGGCCUACAGCCCUGGCUACUUUGUGGUGGACAUAGUGGCCCGAGACCUGGCAGGCCACAACGACACAGCCAUCAUCGGCAUCUACAUCCUGAGGGACGACCAGCGAGUCAAGAUCGUCAUUAACGAGAUCCCGGACCGCGUGCGUGGCUUCGAGGAAGAGUUCAUCCGCCUGCUCUCCAACAUCACCGGUGCCAUCGUCAACACUGACGACGUGCAGUUCCACGUGGACAAGAAGGGACGGGUGAACUUCGCGCAGACGGAACUGCUCAUCCACGUGGUGAACCGUGAUACCAACCGCAUCCUGGACGUGGACCGGGUGAUCCAGAUGAUCGACGAGAACAAGGAACAGCUGCGGAAUCUUUUCCGGAACUACAACGUGCUGGACGUGCAGCCCGCCAUCUCUGCCCAGCUGCCCGACGACAUGUCUGCCCUACAGAUGGCGAUCAUUGUCCUGGCCAUCCUCCUCUUCCUGGCCGCCAUGCUCUUUGUCCUCAUGAACUGGUACUACAGGACUGUACACAAGAGGAAGCUCAAAGCCAUCGUGGCUGGCUCAGCAGGGAACCGCGGCUUCAUCGACAUCAUGGACAUGCCUAACACCAACAAGUACUCCUUUGAUGGAGCCAACCCCGUGUGGCUGGAUCCCUUCUGUCGGAAUCUGGAGCUGGCCGCCCAGGCCGAGCACGAGGACGACCUGCCAGAGAACCUGAGCGAGAUCGCCGACCUGUGGAACAGCCCCACGCGCACCCACGGAACUUUCGGACGUGAACCAGCAGCGGUCAAGCCUGACGAUGAUCGAUACCUGCGGGCAGCCAUCCAGGAGUAUGACAACAUUGCCAAGCUGGGCCAGAUCAUUCGGGAGGGGCCCAUCAAGGGCUCGCUGCUGAAGGUGGUCCUGGAGGAUUACCUGCGGCUCAAAAAGCUCUUUGCACAGCGGAUGGUGCAAAAAGCCUCCUCCUGCCACUCCUCCAUCUCCGAGCUGAUCCAGACUGAGCUGGACGAGGAGCCGGGGGACCGAAGCCCGGGCCAGGGCAGCCUGCGCUUCUGCCACAAGCCGCCUGUGGAGCUCAAGGGGCCCGAUGGGAUCCACGUGGUGCAUGGCAGCACAGGCACGCUGCUGGCCACCGACCUCAACAGCCUGCCUGAGGACGACCAGAAGGGCCUGGGCCGCUCGCUGGAGACACUGACUGCCGCAGAGGCCACCGCCUUCGAGCGCAACGCCCGCACGGAGUCCGCCAAAUCCACACCCCUGCACAAGCUUCGAGAUGUGAUCAUGGAGAGCCCCCUGGAGAUCACGGAGCUGUGACUGGACAGGGAAGCCUCCCUGGUGUGAGCAGUGCCCGCCCCGCCACCCCUUCCCAGGGCAAGCGCAGGGGCAGGGCCGGGGCCCCCUCCCCAGGCCAGUACUGUGGGGACAACCUUGGGUUGGCCCUGGCAGCCCACAUGAGCUCCUUGGACAGAUUCCACUUUUGCCAGACACUCAUUCAGCACCUGAUCUCUACCUUCAUAAAAUCUGUUAUUUUUUUAAGAAAACCAAACAAAAAUGCUAGGCGUCUAAGGACAAGGUAAGGAGGGUUACUGGGCGCCCAGGAGUCUGAGAACCAACUCGGCUCAGGCUGAGCUGGAAGGGGCUGAGCAGGCCCCCUUUCCCCUUUCCACUCCAUCCCAGCAAGUACCACCCACCCCACGCAGACCCUGUGCCCCCCAGAGCAGGAGACAGACACCCGGGGGAGGGAGGUGGGUAUCCCCUGCUGGUCCCACACCUUAACUUCAGCUCAAGUCCCAUUGCAUUUCUGCCCCAUCCCCGCUGGACGUCCAGGUGGAGCAGUGAGUGAUCUUUGCCACCCCCGUGGACAAGGUCAAUGUCAAUGAACAAGCAUUCUCUCCAUUUCACUGGCUUCCCAAACGUGCCCAGCUUAUAAAGAGAAAUGACUGCUGCUCCCUUGGGUUUUGAAUGUAGUGUUUGUGUGUACUCUUUUAAAUUAUUCCCUCAAUAUUUCUCCCUUGGACUUGUUUAACUGGUACUCACUGAAAGUUUCUGGAAUGGUCUGUUUAAAAAGAGAAGCAACUCACGAGGAACCGGCAAUACACUCUGGCUCUGGUAAA